AUGGACUCCGAAAAGUCUCCAAAGGAAACCAUCCUUGUUACAGGAGGAGGGGGCUAUGUUGGUUUCCGCCUUGGCUGCGCUUUGAACCAGAAGGGAGUCCACGUGAUUCUGAUUGACAUCCACAGCCUGGCUGAGACCAUUCCGGAAGGAAUCAGGUUUGUCCACAGAGACAUCCGCCACCUUGGUGAUGUGGAGAAAGCCUUCCUGGGUGCGGCCAUCAGCUGUGUAUUUCACAUCGCCUCUUACGGCAUAUCAGGGUGGGAGCAGUUGGACCAGAGCCUAAUAGAAGUAGUCAACGUUGAGGGCACGGACACCAUCCUGCUGGUCUACCGGAGAAGAGGGGUUCCCAGGGUGGUGUACACCAGCACUUUCAACGUGGUGUUUGCAGGGCAAGUCAUCCGAGACGGAGACGAGUCUCUGGCGUACCUGCCUCUUCACCUGCACCCAGACCACUACUCGCAGACCAAAGCCAUCGCUGAGAAGAAGGUGUUGGAGGCAAACGGUACAGCCCUGGGAGGCAGCGGAGGCAUCCUGAGGACCUGUGCCCUGAGACCCACUGGCAUCUAUGGUCCCGGAGAACAACGGCAUCUACCCAGGAUCGUGAGCUACCUGGAGAGGGGGCUGUUCAGGUUUGUGUACGGCGAGCCCAGCAGCCUGGUGGAAUUUGUCCAUGUGGACAACCUGGUCCAGGCUCACAUCCUGGCUUCCAAGGCCCUGAGAGAGGAAUAGGGCCACGUCGCCUCGGGCCAACCCUACUUCAUCUCAGAUGGCAGACCCGUGAACAACUUCGAGUUCUGCCAGCCUUUGGUUGAGGGCCUGGGCUACACAUUCCCCUCCAUCUGCCUGCCACUGACCCUCAUGUACGGCCUGGCUUUCCUGACAGAGAUGGUGCACGCCGUGCUGGGUCUGUACAACUUCCAGCCCUUCCUCACCUGCACUGAAGUUUACAUGAUGGGCGUCACACAUUACUUCAGCCUGGAGAAGGCCCGGAGAGAGCUGGGCUACGAGGCCCAGGAGUUUGACCUUCAGGAAGUCGUGGAGUGGUUUAAGGCCCAUGGUCACGGCCGACGUCUCCAGAGUCGUAAUGAGCAGUGUCUUAUGUGGGAUGAGCUAGUGGUCUUCCUCGUGGUCACAGCCUCUCUCGUAUGGGUACAUUCACCUGUGGGUCUGUCUGUCUGA